AGCUCAGAAUGAACACUUCAUCUCAUUUCAUUCAAAAACUCACUGAAGUGUUGUGCUGUGAUAGAGCAGUGGGCGUGCUGUGAUGGCUAACGGGGACAGGGUGGUUCUUGCUCUUGGAGGGUCUGGAACAGUGGGCUCAGGCCUGGUGAAGGCUUUACUGGACAGAGGGUUUAAAGUUGCUGUGAUCUCCAGAGACAGCAGCAAGCUAGAGAAGCUCAAAGCAUUUGUUUCACCCGCCACCAAAAGCAACCUGACCACACUGGUGGGGAAUGUUGGCUCAGAGGAGGGAGCAGAGGAGGUGAAGCAGGCCCUGCUGCGCUCUGUGGGCAAGAUUACAGAUGUGGUGUCCUCACUGGGCUUCAGCUGGUGGCAGGGAGGACCACCUCACACUCAGUCUGUCAAAGAGCUCCACUGGGUUAUUGAGACCUUGCUGUUCAGCACUUUUGUGUCCUGGAAAGCUUUCUUCCCUCUGGUGAGAGACGACCCCAACAGCACCUACACAUUCAUUACAGGUGGUGCUGGGGAGAAGCUGCUGAUGCCAGGCACAGGCUUCUUGACUGUAGGUGCAGCCAGCACGCUUGCAUUCUGCCAGGUUCUGAGAGAAGAGUACCCAGAGGUGCCCUGCAAACUAAACCAGGUGAAGAUCAACACAGGCGUGGCCUCUCCAGAGCGUAUGGCACCAGGGUUCCUAAAUCACGUGGAUUUAGGGGAGGCUGUGGCAACCCUGCUGGAGAGGAGAAACACGUCUCACAAAGUGUUCACCAUCAACUCCCCGGCUGACCUAAAAACUGUCACCCUGGAGGGCAACCUGUAGGCCAACUUCACCACCAGUACAAUGCCAUAAAGCCCCCUUCAGACUCUUGGAUCUAUAGCACAGAUUUAUAAUCUGCAUCCACUUUAGCUUCUGUGUGUAUGUGUUGUUUUGUGAAGAGAACACACUUUUUGAGCUGCAUUUCUGAUUAUUAUUUUGAUGCGUUUCCACUGGUUUUAGAUUAGAUUAAUAUAUAUGAAAUUAUUUUAAACAUGAAGAUGUCAAAAAGGGUAUUUGAAUCGAUGCCAUAGAAGAACCACUUAUAGUUCUCUAAAGAAAUAUUCGAUAGAUGGUGACUUUUGGAUUGUUUUCACACCUAUAGUUUGUUUGCUCUUGUCCAAAUUUUACCAGCAAAUUUUGAGUGUUUCCCUUUGGUUUAAAUUAGUUUCUGACAAGCAUAAAUCCAAAUUCACUAAAAAUGCAUCAGCAAACUAUGUAAGAAGUUAAACGUUUUUUUCUGAUGAUUGGCCAGACCUGUGUGGGAUAGGGGUAAAAAGUUCAAAAGUAAAAAGUUAAUACAGGAAAAAGAUCCUGUGUUCUGGGCUAGUGUAAAUCUUUGUGAAGUACACUAGCUGUAGCAUGCCAGGUUAAACUUUACUUUACUUUACUGAAAACAGCAGUUUUACACAGUUUAAUCUGGUAUGGUGUCCAGAUAAUACCAACAGACACAAACAAGUGCCAAAUGUCAUCACUGCCUUUGGGCCACGCUAUUUUGCACUGAAUUAUAUACUAGUUCAGAUAGCUUCUUCCUGUAUUUACUUUCUUGACAAAAUAUCAAUAUUACAAUGUGUCAAAUUGUUUUCAUUUGCGAUGCAUUAUCAAUAUAUGGUGUAAAAUAUUCAAAUUCUAAUCUCCAUAAGAUUCACCCCAUUUUAGGAUUCUUGGGUUUUCCUUGAAAGCAAACCAAACCAAUGGAUUAAAGCUCAAAAUAUGCAAACAUGUUGACUGAUUAGAACCAGAGCAAACCAUAUGUAGGCAUGAACAGUUAAAGGUCUUAAAUGUUCUUAGAAUCAGAGGAACCCUUCAGGAGCCUUUAUUUCUUGGAGUGUAACAUGUAGGAUGAAUGCGGGGGCAUGUAGGGUGUGCCUGAGUGCAGGUGCACUGGGUCUGGGAAAGAAAAAGAGCAGCCUCAAGAACAGAUUUAAGGGUGAGAGAUUAUGAGAUACAGAAUGAAACAAAGAGAGUGUGGGUGAGAAAGUGGAAGAGAGGCAUGCAUGGGAACAGGGGAAUGAAAGAAAAAAAAUUCUUGGACCAUACUCCAGCAUUCAGCCAUGCCUGUGGGUUGUUGGGAGAGAGGUAGGAAGGGAGGAGGGCUCCAGGCGGCUGCUUUGAGUCCCCCUAGCGUGACUCCCUGCCCUGUUCACAAACAUCCCUCGUUUCUCUUCGCUCCCACUCCUGCUUAUCUGGCUCCAAUUAUCCCAGGCCACACUGCCCAAAAAUAAACAGCUCUGAGAGAGAGAGAGAGAGAGAGAGAGGCUGGGAGGUCCAGCUAUGGCCUGGCAUAGGUGAUGAGGAUAAGGUCACUGAGGGUAUCGCUUUCUGUUUGUUUAUUGUCGUUGUCUCAUUUGCAUUUCUGCUUUAGCAACAUGAAUGUAUAUUUGUCAUGCCAAUAAAGACAUUUGAAUUCA